GUUUUCUAAGAAAAUUUAAUGGAAAUGUAAACGGUCUAGACGAGCUAUUCAAGUGAAUGAUUCAAUGCAAGUUAUAUAUAAGAUGAUAUCAUAUAUGGAAACUCUCUAAAAAAAUAUGGCAGACUUACAAUCCUACAUUCAAGUGUUGUUAAUUUGCGCAGUUUCUACCAUCUUCAUUGGAUCCAUAAUACUAAGAAAAAGAAAGCAAAAUCAUUCUUCUCUGCCGCUUCCGCCGGGUCCAAAAGCCCUACCAAUCAUUGGCCACCUCCACCUCCUCUCAUCAACACCACAUCAAGAUUUCUACAAGUUCUCAACCCGCUAUGGACCCAUCAUUCACCUCUACCUCGGCUCCGCCCCUUGCGUCGUGGUGUCCACCGCCGAGGCAGCUAAGGAAUUCCUUAAAACACACGAAACCUCUUUCUCCGACCGCCCCGCGCAGACCGUGGCCAUAGAGGCCCUAACUUACGGCUUCAAGGACUUUUUGUUUGCCCCGUACGGACCUUACUGGAAAUUCAUGAAGAAGGUGUGCAUGUCGGAGCUCCUCGGCGGCAAAAUGCUCCAUCAGCUCCUCCACGUGAGGCAGCAAGAGACAAGGAGGUUCCUUAGCGUGUUGGUGAAGAAAGGGGUGGCUGGUGAGGCCGUGGAUGUCGGGGGACAACUUAUGACUAUCUCCAACAACAUUGUUUCGAGGAUGAUUAUGAGGCAGACGAGUUGUGGGGACGGAGAGAUUGAUGAGGAGGUGGUGAGGAAGCUGGUGGCGGACACGGCGGAGCUGACGGGGAAGUUCAACUUGUCGGACUUCUUGUGGUUCUUGAAGGAUCUUGAUGUCCAGGGAUUCAAGAAGAAACUCAAGGAGAUUCGGGUAAGAUUCGAUGGCCUGCUGGACAGAGCGAUUGAGGAACAUAAAGAUGAAAGUAAAAAGAACAAGGGUGAGGGUGCAAGGGAUAUACUUGAUGUUCUUCUUCACAUAUCUGAAGAUGAAACCGCUGAAAUCAAACUGGAUACUGAAAACAUCAAGGCCUUCAUAAUGGACAUACUUGUGGCAGGGACAGAUACAACGGCUGUGACAAUGGAAUGGGCGAUGGCAGAGUUAAUGAAGAAUCCAGAAGUUAUGGAGAAAGCGCGUCAAGAGGUGGAUUCGGUGGUUGGAAAGAAGAGAAUUGUUGAAGAAUCGGACAUUCCCAACCUUGUUUACAUUCAAGCCAUUGUGAAAGAAACACUAAGGCUUCACCCUGCAGGCCCAUUGCUAUUCAGGCAGUGUUCUAGAAGGGCCAUAGUAAACGGUUACGAGAUUCCAGCAAAGUGUCGGUUGUUCGUGAAUGUGUGGGCCAUUGGUAGGGAUUCUAACCACUGGGAGAAUCCGUUGGAGUUCAGGCCCGAGAGAUUCAUGGGGAAACAGAUGGAUGUAAGAGGACAGCAAUAUGAGUUGAUUCCAUUUGGGAGUGGAAGAAGAAUGUGCCCUGGAAUCUCUCUGGCUUUGCAAAUUGCGCAUGUCACUCUCGCUGCCAUGAUUCAGUGCUUUGAAUGGAAGCUUCAUGAUGAUGAGAAGAUCCUUGACAUGGAAGAGAAGCCUGCUGGGAUUGUUAAUCCAAGGGCUCACCCUCUCAUUGCUCUCCCUCUUCCAAGGCUUAAUCCUUUUCCUUCUAUAUCACAAGAUAUAUAAUCGUUUGGGUAGCAAAAUUUGUGAAAUAGCAAUGUUAGGGGCUAGCAAUUUUUGUGAUUGUUAGCCAUCAACUAGUCAUCAAUGAUGAUUUGAUGGUGUGAGAUUGGUGUGAGAUUUCAUCCAAUAGCUCACCUUCCUCUGCUGGUUACAUGCUGGCCAAAAUUCAAUAAAACUGCUGGCCCCCUAGACUUUUCCUUUGUGAAAUGUAGCCAUUAAUCAGCCAUUAUCAAUAUUUGUAAUUGUGUGAGAUGAAAUUUAAUGAUGUAUGAUUACUAUUUAUAUAAUACAUUUAAAUAUCUAAUA